CUGGCUCGUGCAUGUAAUGUCCUCUAGAGGCGCGCGAGCUCGGUGCCCGCUGCGUUCCCGGUGCGCUGUCUAAUCUGUCCGGCCCGAGAAAGAGAGCGCGUGAGAAGCCGCACACUGACUCUGGACCGGACCAAGAGCGAAUCACUUGUCUUAUUUCGUUUUCUAUUGAAUACAUUAUUAAAGACCUAUCUAAAUAAAGAUACCGGAGCGGGUGCGCAAGUGUAGUCACAUCCCGGGCACAGAGUGCGGGCAGCUGCUCACCAGACCGGCAGCGUAGGCGUUUUAUUUCCCAUCAGUGCGUCUCAGUUUUGCAACAAAAAAAAGAGAACUUGAACGCCUGGUCGAGUCCGUGGACAUCUUUAGACUAAGUGUGUGCACCUCGUUUGUGGCUUUUUGUCGGAUCUGGAGUGCGGGAUGGAUGUGCGCCUGGCGCUCGUGCUGUGCGUCCUGGCCGGAGCGGCGAGCGCAGACAGCGCGAGCGGGAAAUCUCGGAGCUGCGCGGCUUUCCGACAGUUCUACAGCUCCAAGGGCUUCAACCUGGGCGUCGUUCCGCAGGCUCCGAUCUCCGGUGAGCACUUGCGAGUGUGUCCACAAGGCUACACCUGCUGUACGAGCCAGAUAGAGGAGAAUCUGUCCAACCUGAGCAAAAAAGAAUUUGAGGACCAGGUGAAAGGAUCUGGGCAUGCCUUACAGGUCUCCCUCAACAGCCAGUACAAAAACUUUGAUGGUUAUUUCCAGGAGCUUCUGAAUCGUUCCGAAGUUUCUCUCCAUGACUCAUUACAGUCCUCCUUUGGUUCGCUCUACUCCCAGAAUGCCCGGGUUUUCCAGGAUCUGUACUUAGAUCUGCGGAUCUACUACCGUGGCUCCAAACUGAACUUGGAGGAGGCACUGAACGACUUUUGGGGAAAGCUGCUGGAGAGGUUGGUACGAGGACUGAAUGGGCGCUACAGCAUGGGCGAAGAUUAUCUGGAAUGUGUGUCGAAGCAGGCGGAGACGCUGCGUCCCUUCGGUGAGACAGUACGAGAGUUCAAGCUCAAGGUUACACGCAACUUUGUGGCUGCCAGGUCGUUUGUUCAGGGGCUCGUCGUUGCUGGGGAGGUGGUGCGGAAAGUUUCUCAGGUUCCUUUGAGUACGGAGUGUGUGCGUGCUCUGAUGAAGCAGACAUACUGUCCUAACUGCAGAGAAAUGGCCUGGGCUAAACCGUGCGCCCCAUACUGCAGGAACGUGAUGAAGGGCUGUCUGGCCAAUCAGGCUGACCUGGACACUGAGUGGAAAAACCUUGCAGAUGCUAUGCUACAAGUGGCUGAUCGGCUGAGCAGACCCUACAGUGUGGAUGCUGCCAUUAUGUCUCUGCCUAAGCACAUUGCCGAUGCCAUCCUUCACAUGCAGGACAACCUGAACGCUUUCAACAGCAAGGUGUUCCAGGCAUGCGGUACACCUCAAGAAAACCUUAGUCCAGAGGAGCCGAAAAAGAGAGGCAAAACCGUAGCAGAGGAUGUCAGCAGCACUUCGGCAGCAGAUGUGGAAAAACUGUUAUCAGAUAUCUCCCGCAAGAUAAGGAACAUGAUGCAAUACUGGAUUAAUUUGCCCAAUAAGCUGUGCGUGGACCGAGAGGCAAAAAGCGGUGAUGAGAACAAAUGCUGGAAUGGAAUGGCCAUAGACAGGUAUCUCCCAGAUGUAAUGGGAGAUGGUCUGGCCAACCAGAUAAACAACCCUGAAGUGGAGAUUGACAUCACCAAACCAGACAUGACCAUAAGACAACAGAUCAUGCAGCUCAAAAUCAUGACGAGCCGAAUAAAAAACGCCAUCAACGGCAAUGACGUGGAAUUCCAGGAUGCCAGUGAUGAUGUCAGUGGCUCUGGGAGUGGAAUGUGCAACGAUGAUCAGUGUUUUCACAACCAGCAGAUUAUGGUCCGCAGCACAGGCAGGCCGAAAGUCUAUCCCAAUCCACCUGUGAAGAAAACCGAAGUGAAAAGUGACGGAAGACGGCUCCUCCCUUGCUACGCCCUUUACCUGCUCUCACUGGCCACAGCGCUGCUCAGGCGAUAAUUGGUGUUUCAGCCAAUCAGGACUUAGUAUGGGAUGGGGAUGAACUGAGGAGGGGUGGGGGCAGUUACGUUGCCAAAAAUAAUAUCGUAACAAGCAUAUGAAACAUACAAACAAUAUCAAAAUGUGGAAAAGAAUGGUCCUCUUUGUCAAUACACACAAUAUUCUCUUACUUCUGUUCUUUAUGUCUGUUUGGAAUACCUGCACGUCUAGAUAUUCUCUGGGGGAAAUUGUUGUGCAUUCGAGAACGAAUGAAUGAUUCUCUAGGUAUGGAUUUAAGUAUGUAUUUGAAGUCCUGUGCCAUAAGACCUGCAGAAAUAUCUUGUUUCUUCUCAGUCAAAAAAUUCGAAUUUUAGAUGAAUCUAUUUAUUACCACCGAAACUUCUCUAAUCCUGAAAUCCAGUCUGGAAAUCAGCAUAUAGGUCGCACCAUGUGCUUUUCAAAAACAGUACGGAGGGAUGUUUUAGACUUUCCUGAUAAUUAAAAUAAUCCUGCAGUAGACCAUUUUAAACCAUUUAAGACUUUUAGACCAUUUUACUCCUAAAUAACCAUUUAUUUUGCACACACACACACACACACACUCACUCACCCUUUCAUGCUUUUAUUAAUCAUUGUCUGUUUUUUUUUUUUAUUGCAGCUUUAAGGCUCAGGCUUGCAUAAAACACUACCUAUAUGUACCAUAGUUAUGAAUAAAGCGCAAAAAAACAUUAACACGCAUACGUUUGGCGACGCGAAGAGCAAUAUUUUGGCUUUGAAGUUCACACACCAGCACAAUAUUAUAAAAAGGGACAAUAUUUCUGAAAAGGUUUAUCUGUUCACACAAGGUGUAUUUGAACCUAUAUGAUAGUCUCCCAAUCUAAUCAAAUUUUUACAUCUUUUCUGAUUUAGUUUUUUAUUAUAAGCAUUUGUAAGGUGUAAUAAACACUUGACUAUACUUCAAUAAGAGUUUCAGUAAUUAGGAAUGGAUAUAAUUCCCUCCCAAAUCUCUGUGGACUUAGGAAAUGUUGGCUUUUUUGUAACCAUGGUUACUAAAUGAUUUCAAUGCAACGUUGGUGAUCCCUAAUGAUCAUGCAAGUCUAUGAAUGGCACUCGGUAGAAGGUGAUGUAUAUAAAAAUUGUAUUGAAAUGGAGGCUGAGCAUUUUGGAUGGUGAAAUGCUUGUGGACAGGUGGGUAUUCAGAAGUGUGUGCGUGUGUGUGUGUGUGUGUGUGUGUGUCUUGGUAAUAAAUAUUCAGAUACAUGUGCUAGGACAAGAGAGUGUGUCAGAGUGUCAGAGUGUGUGUGAUAGAGAGUGAAAACCUGAAUGCUCAUCUUUCAGUCCCUGGAACAGACUACCCCUGUUCGAAAAAUGAGUAAUAAGGGCGCAGACCGAUGACAUCACUACAGAACUCGAUUGUGUUCGGAUUGUAGCACACUGCAGUUAGCGCAGCAUGUAGUAAUGAUGUGCUUAGGAUGGAUGAAGCUGCAUGCUGGGACACCCCUUUUCUCCUCCACUAGUCAUCUCUUGUCCUAGCAGACACAUUCCAAAUUCAAACAAACAAAAAUAAAUAGAAAAAAAGAAAGUACAUUUAUUUGCACAACUCUCUGUAGCUUUCGUCUCAAUUCUUCUUUUCUUACAGCUUUUUACCCCUUUUUUUAAAACUGCACUUUUUGUAACAUAUACAGUAUGUUGACCUUUUAAGUAACACAGCAACCGCCGCACGACUUGUUUGACGAUCUGUAGCGGAGCAUCAGUGAUAAAGUGGUUUAUCCAUUGGGUUCAGAUUUUUUAAAAAUGUGUAUUAUUGAACCCAGUGAAAAUUGGACAGAAGCAAAGACAGGAACUUAACCGAUAGCAUUGUGGAUAAUGGGGUCCAAUAUAAAAGGAGAACAUUAUAAUAAGUUUAUUGGCUGAACAUAGUUAUAUGCAGGAAGGAUUGAAUUUUUGGUUAUCAUAACCCUUAUGUUUGCAUGGCAUUUCGACUAGUAUGCUGUACAUAUUCAGCCGAUAAACCACGUUAUCAACAUUGUAAAGGACUAAAGGAGACAGUAGCACACACUGGGACACAUGGCAGAAUAAUGUCAUGGAUACUGGGUAAUGGAAAAUGUAUACACUUUUUUUUC